AUGUUUAAUAAUAAUGAUGACGAAGAAGAAAAUUAUACAAGGAAUAGAAGGAGUAAUUCAUCAGACAGCAUGAAUGGGAAUACAAUGAAUGACCAUGUGAAUAAUUAUAAUAAUUAUAAUAAUUUUAAUAGAUAUCAUGAGCAGAAUAUGAAUUCAUGUAAGAUUGAUGAAAUAUAUGUGGAUGAUAGUUAUGAUGAAAAUAAUAAUUAUUAUCAAAGAGGAGAUAAUAAGUUUGAAAUAAAUAAAAAUGUAAAUUUUGAUGGGCCAUAUAGUCAUAAAAACUUAAGGCCUGUUAAUGAAAAUGAAAUAGAGUUAGUAGUAGAUAAUUUUUUUGAUAAAAUUAGAAAUAAUGAAGAAGUAUAUUCAGAAUGGAAAAUUUGUCCAAAUUUUAUUUUUAGAAUAUUAUUUAUUGCAAAGUCAAGAUCAAAUAAUUAUAUGUAUCCAGUUGCAUCUUCUUUUAUUGAAGCUGUACAAAAAGAAGAUUGGGUUAAUGAUUGGGGAUUUAGUAAUGUUCAGUAUUAUAUUAUAUUAAUCAAUCUAGCCGAUUAUAGAAAAUCUUAUUAUAAAAUAGAUCAUUUUAAUUUUUCUCAUCUAAACACUGAUCGAGGAUGGCAUAACUUCGUUCCUUUUGAAAAAUUAAGAGAACCUGGGUUUAUAAAUGAACAAGGUCAGAUAAUAUUAAGAGCAGGAGUAUAUCCAUUUGGGUCUGAAUCUUAUAAAAACAGUAGAGAUGCUAAUUAUAAUAGCAAACUAAGAACUGGUUUUGUUGGAUUAAAAAAUCAUGGAGCUACUUGCUAUAUGAAUGCACUUUUACAAUUAUUAUAUCACAUUAAUAUUUUUAGAAAAGCAGUUUGUAUGAUGAUAUUUAAUAUUGAAAAUAUUAUUGGAAAAAAAACAUUAGAAUUUUUCAAAAAUAAAUUAGAAAAAAAAAAAAAAAAUAAAAUAGCUUUAAAAAAAGAAAAAAGAGGAAAAAGAUUAAAAGAUGGAAAAAGUUCAGAAGUAGAAGAUUCAAAGGAUACUUCAAAAGAUUUUCCAUCUAAAUUGUUGCCAUGUAUAAAAAAUGAAAAUUAUUUAUCAUCAAAUGAAAAUAUUAUAGACAAAGAAAAUUCCAAUCAUAGAAUAAAAAAUGACAUGAAAUUCUUUUUAAAAAAUGAAAAUGAGAAUCCUGAUUUUUUAGAUAAUGAAAUAGGCAUUGUAAAAGAAGAGAAUGAUAAUAACAGAGAUACAAUUGAUGAUAUACAUAAAAAAAAAAAACAUAUAGAUAAAGUAGAGAAUUCCAAGAAUGAAAAAACAAAUGAAUUCUCUACAAAUUUUAUGCUAAAUAAUGAAAUGAAUAAUAGCAAAAAUGAAUACAAAAAAAAUAAAAACAUUUGUGACAGUGAUAUUAAAGAUAAUAUAAAUCCUAGUAACUACGACUAUGAAAUGAAAAAAAAUAAAAAGCAUGGCUAUGCACACUUUUCUUCAGAUCCAUCUAAUGAUACAGGAAAAUAUAAUACAAAUAAUGAAGAUAAUGGAGUAUAUAGUAGUGUGCGUAAGAAUAAAGAAUAUAAUAAUGAAAUAAAAAAAAACAGCAAAAAAAAUAAAAAGAAAAUUAUUAAUUAUGAAGCGAAAAAAAAUUUAAAGAAAAAAAAAAAAAUUUUCAAAUAUGCAAAUGAAAGAAAAUAUAAUGAUCUAGAAAAUGAAGACAAUGGUAUUUCUCAAAUGUCAUCUUCAGAUAAUUUAUCCAAUAUAUCAAAUUCCUCAAAGAAAAAAAAGUUUUCUUCUAAUAGUAAUUCAAAUAAUUUUUUAAGCACUAAAAAAAAUUCUAGUUCUUUAAAUACUUCCAAAUCAGACAGAGAUGAUGAUGAUGAUAAUGAUAAUGAUGAUAAGGACUCUGUAAUGUAUAGUUAUGAAGAUUCUUAUUCGGAUAGCGAGCUAUCUGUUCUUUCUAUAACUUCAUCAGGGUCAUCAUCAUAUGUCACUUGUUCGUCAUCAUCUUCGUCAUAUUAUUAUAAAAAUAAAAAAAAGGUAAAAUACGAAAAGUCAAAAGAAGCAGAUUAUAAAAAUAUUUUAUUAGAAGAAGAAAUAGAAAAAAAAAAUAUUUUGCCGACAUCAUUAGCUUUGCAAAAUUUAUUCUAUAAAUUACAUUCAUUAAAUGAAGCAGUUUCAUGUAAAGAAUUAAUUCGUUCAUUUGGGUGGGAUGCCAGUGAUGUUUUUACACAACAAGAUACGCACGAAUUAUUGAAAUUGUUAUUAGACAAAGUAGAAGAACAAAUGAAAGGGACUGUUGUAGAAGGAUCUGUUAAGAAAAUGUUCGAAGGUGAAGUCGAAACAUACAUUGAAUGCUUAGAUAUAGAUUACAAAAGUGUUCGUAAAGAAAGUUAUGAAGAUAUUCAAUUAGAUGUUCAAGGUUGUAAUAAUAUAUACGAAUCUUUAAAUAAAGCAAUAGAAGCUGAAAUUUUAGAAGGUGAUAAUAUAUAUGAAACGGAUGGAUAUGGGAAACAAAAAGCAAAAAAAGGAAUGAGGUUUUUAAGCUUUCCUAAUAUAUGUAUUUUUUUAUUAAAAAGAUUUACAUUUGAUUUACAGAGAAUGGAAACUGUUAAGUUAAAUAAUCGAUUUGAAUUUUAUAAAGAAUUAGAUCUAUCAAAGUAUUGUGAAACAGGUGGGCAGUACGUUCUGCAAGCAGUCUCUGUUCAUCAGGGAAAUAUGAAUAGCGGUCAUUACUACUCCUUCAGUUAUAAGCACAAUGAAAACUUUUGGUUAAAAUGCGAUGAUGAUAAAAUAUUUCGUGUAAGUGAAUAUUCUGUUAUUAAUGAUAACUUCGGAGGUUAUGAUAUAAAUAUAGAUAAGGAUUUAUAUGAUUUUGAUAUAUCUGAUAAAAUUAAACAAAGAAUGAAAAACUAUAGUGCUUACAUGCUAGUUUAUGUUAAAAAAUCUCUUAUCCCUAAAUUAAUUAAAGAAUGUGAUCCUGCAGUUGUAAAUCCUCAAGUAGUUAAAAGAUGCAAAUUAGAAGAAAUUAUAAAUAAAAAAAGAUCAAAACUAAAACAAGAAAUUUUACAAUAUGUUAAAAUAAGAGUAUUUGAUAAAUAUUGUUAUCUUUAUAAAUCCUUUAACGAUUUGCCACCCAAUGGAAUCCCUUCUUUGUUCAAUAUCAAAUUCGACAGAAGCAAAACAGUUGCAGAAUCAUUUUAUAAAAUUUUGAAAAUAUUAAAAAAUAUAUACAUAAGAAAAAAAAAAAAAAAAAAUAUAAAGAUGUUAAAAAAAUCAAAUAAAAAGCAAAAAACAUUGCUACAAUUAAGUAGUAAUAAUAUUGUUAAUAGUAUUAAUGAUAAAAAUAUCCAUGAAAAUAGUUUAAAUACCUGUGAAAACUACAGAAAUGUAAAAGAUUCCUAUGUUAAUAUAAAUUCGCAUCAAAACAUGAAUGAUAAUGAAUCAUUUCUAAAAAAAAUAUCAAAUGAACCAGCUGAUAUUUCUACAGUUUAUUUUGUGAAUGAUAAUUCAUUAAAAAACAGUGAUAUAAAAAAAUAUAAGGACUCCUUUAAAAAUGUAAAAAAAAAAAAAAAAAAAAGUUAUAUAUGUGGUAAUAUUAAUGAAGGCAUAAGUAAUUCAGAAUUAAAUAGUCAUGUAAUAAGUGCUGAUGAAAAAAAGGAAGAACUAGAUGAACAAGAAGAAAAACAAAAUGAUGAGAAAAAUAAGAAAAGUAAUGAGCAUGAAGAAACUAAAUUAGAAGAAAAAUGUAAAAGCUUUAAGUUAAAAGAAAAUAAUAAAUCAAAAAAAGAUAACAACACUAAUUGCAUAAAUAAAUUACAAAAUAAUUUAAGUCAUGUAAAAAUAGAAAAUAAUUACAAUGAAUACGAUAGCUCUUCUAUCGAUUCAUCAUCAUCUAUUUCAUCUGUUCCUUCAUGUUGCACUGUAAAUUCUAUAGAUAAUUAUAUUAAAUAUAUGUCAAGAAAAAAAUUCAAAAAAAGUAAGAGAAAAUCUGAUGAAAGUAAUUCACGUAUGCGAGAUUUUUCUUCAUCAAAUAAUAAUUCUUCAUAUUAUUCUUCAUCGUCAUCUUCUUCUUCCUCUUCUAAUUCAGCUGAUAAUUCUUCUUCUUCGUCUUACUGUUAUUUGAAAGAAAAGAAAUGCUUUUAUGCAUUACUUUCAACUAAUGAUGUUUAUAGAUUUUUUCCAUUAGAUAUGAAGAUUAAUAGUCAAUUAUAUUUAUAUGAAUUGUUUAAGAAAACAAACAAAGAGUCAUCUGAUUUAUUCCCAACAAUAGACAUUUUAUAUCUACCUCAUAAUAAAAAAACAUUAAUAUCUGCCAAUACAUCAUCAAAAAAUAAAAGUUUUUUAUUUUUUUUUAAAUAUUUUGACAUAUAUGCAGAAGAGAAAAUUAACGAUUCCUCUCUAAUCUGCCUAGAUGUUGUCCAUUGCGACAUUCAUUUAAAACCAAAACAGUUGGAAAUUAGAAUAAUAGAAAAAAUUCUGAAGGCUAUGGAAAAAGGCUAUAUUACUAAAUAUAACUAUGAUUUAUUAAAAAAUUAUAUACAAAAUGAAUACUUCGAUACAGAUGAUCCUCUAAAUUUUAAAAUAUUUAUUGAAUGUAAAAAUAAAUGUAAUUUAAUAAAAUCAAAAAAAAAUAUAGCUCAUAAUAAAAUUGCUCCCGGUGAUAUUUUAAUUUUUAACUUUCUAACUAAUAUGAAUUUAGAAAAGAAAAAAAAUUUUAUUUUACGUUUAGGAACCAGAAAGGAAGAUUUAUAUUUAACAGAAGAAAAUCAAACUUCGUAUGAUAUAUAUUUUAAUGCAAAUAUAUUAAGUAAGGUUUUAUAUAAAAAAAAAAAAUUAAUAGAAAAAAUUUAUAACUGCUGUUAUAUUUUUAAUAAUAGAAAUGGAAUAUACUAUAAAAUAAAAUUUUUCGAUAGUAGUAACAGUGGAAAUACAUUAAAAGAAGAAAACAAUAAUAAAGAAGAAAAUAAUAUAUCAAAUACUACUAAUUUGCUAAAUGAUAAUUAUUUUUCAUAUAAAAGUAAGAAAGAAGAAAAAAAUACGAAGGAUAGUAUAAGUAAUCAUAAUUACCCCACUAGAAACAUAUUUAUUAGUAAUAAUGAUAUAUCAAAUAAUGAAAAAGAAUCAAAUCAGCUUAACUAUUUUUCAUCUUGCGAACAUCUUUCAACUGAAAAAGAAAAUGAUAAUGAUAAUAAUGUUAAUAAUAACAUAGAAAAGAAAUUUAAUAAGGAAAAUGCAGAGCCGCUAAAUAAAAAAAAAAAUAUAAAUGAUUCCAAUAAUAUAUGUGAUUUAAGUAACGCAAAUAAUAUAAAGUAUAAUUCUAAUUAUUUACAAGAUGAUAAAGAUAAAAUAGUAAAGGAUUGUUAUAAUAAAAAUUCUAAUAAUAUAGUUUUGCCAUUGGAUUAUGAAAAUAAUAUAAAAGUGGAUGAACUGUAUAUAAAGAAUAAUUUCAAUGAAGAUAAUAUUGAUUUUAAUGUUUUAAAUAUUAAUAAAGAGAAUUUAAAUACUCAGGAAGUAAUAAACUUAUAUUUAUACUUAAAAAAAUAUAGUUCUGAAUUUGCAAAAAAUGGAAUUAGCUAUGUAUACAGUUUAUUAAGCAAAAGAUCAUUAGAAGAGGUAACAGAAUAUGCUUUAAAUAACCAAAAAGAAAUUUUGAAAAAGAAAAAGAGAAAUAAUAUAUUUAAUUAUGAUAAUAUAAAUAUAUGUAGGGAUUAUCAAUACCCUUUUUAUUCUCCUUCUACGUCUGAUUUAUCUACUGAUGAUGAAAAAAUAAAUACAAAAAAGAGAAAAAAAAAAAAAAAAAAGGAAAAAAAAGAAAUAGUGAAUACAAAUUAUAUGAAUAAAAAUAAAAAUGAAUCAAAAGAGAUAAAUAUAAUGAGAACAAUCAAUGAAACAAAUGUUGAUAUAAAUCAUACAAGGAAAAUAAAAGAAAUGAAUGAUGAUAAACAUAUAACAAAAAGUAUUAAUGAAAUAAAUAAUGAGGAAAAUCAAAUAAAUAUGUUUAAUUAUAUUUAUUAUUCUAAUAAAACGGUUAACAUGAAUGAAAGUAAUAAUGAACUAAAUGAAACAUGCGAAUUUAAAAAUGCUAGUACUGUAAAUAACAUUCAUAUUUCUAGUAAUAUGAAUUCACAAAAUGAAAAUAACAUUUCAAACGAUUUUAUACAAAGAAUUAAUUCAGACAUUUCAUUCUUUUCUUCUGCAAACUCCUCACUAACAUUUACCUCAGAAAGCACCGACUAUUAUUUAUAUAAUGUUGAAGAAUCCUUAGAAUCUAUUUAUACUAAUGAUAUAUAUGAUCAUAAAAAGAAAAAUAAAAAAAAAAAAAAAAAAAUUAAAAAAAAAAAAAAAAUUAUCUCAAUAUAUGAAAAUGAUAAGGAGAAUGAAUUUAGUAAAUCUAAUAUUUCAGUGAAUGAUCGUGGUUAUGAAAAAAAUAUAAUUAGUUUAAAUUCAGAUAUAGAAGAAGAUUCUUAUAUAGAUCCGUUAUAUGAAAAAGAUAAACAUAAAUCUGAUAAAUAUGCUUGCUUAAACGAUUUUGACGAUAUAGAUAUGAAUAAUACAGUGAAAAUAGAAACAAAUAAUAAUAAGGAUAAUAGGCAUGUUUCAUCAAAUGUAGAUAAAAUAAGAAAUACUAUUAAAAACAUAAAUAUCCCUUUAAAUAAUAAUAAUAAUAUAAAUUUACGUAAUGAAAAUGCUUCUAAAGAAGUAGGAAGUAAUUCAUUAGAUAAUAAUUUUGUAAAUAAUGAUAUAUCUAAAAAUAAUGAAAUUAGUGAAAUAAACUACUCCUGUGAUAUUACGGAACAAACUAUAGAAAUAAAUACUAACAAUAAUAUUUCAAAUAAUACUUGUUUAAAUUCUUCGCUUGAUAAUAAUUAUAUUGAUCUUGAUAAUAUAAGUGAAAAUAUAUAUUCCCAUUAUAAAAAUAAAGAUAUCUUAAAUAAUAACAAUAAUAAUAAUAAUGAAACGAAUAACAGUCAAAUAAAUGUUAAAAACAUUAAUGAAAAAUGUAAUGGUAUAUUGCCUAAAGACAAUAAUAAUAAGAAUGAUAUCGAUUCAAAUAUGCAGGAUAAUGUAAGUAAUGAAAUCAAUAACGAUAGUAUUAAUAGUAAUAAUACAUUAUUAAAUAUUGCUACAAAACAAACAAAAAAAAAAAAGAAAAAAAAUCAAAAGGUAAAAAUAAUCAAAAAAUGUGGAGGACUACCAGAUAAAGAAGAACCAAUAUUACCCUUUUAUGUAAUUUGUGAUUAUUUAGAUUUUGUAGAAAGAAAAAUAUAUGUCAGUAGGUUCAGAUUCAAAUUGUAUGAUCCAAUUUAUCAACUAGGAAAGUAUAGAAACUGCGCAGGUGUUAUUUUAAAAAAAGAUUUAAAAAAAAGUUGUUUGAAUUAUAUUGAUUCUCAUUUCCUUUUUUUAAAGAGGGAAUUAUAUAAAAUUGAUUUAGAUAUAGAUAUUAGAUGCCCAACAAAGCAAAUUUUUAAACAUGUAUGUUAUAAAAUGAAUGUAGAUCCAACUCAUAUAUUAAUUUUUCCUUAUCCUCCUUUAAAUAGUCCUGUGAACUUUUCUCCUUAUAAUAUAGAUUCUUUUACUUGUCAUUCUGAUUCAGAUUAUGAAAAUUAUCAAAAAAAUAGUAAUUCUUGUUAUGGUCAAACACCAUUUGAAACAUUGAUAAAGCAGCAUUCGAUGGCUUUAGAACAUAAUUCUUUAACUGAACAGAAGACAUUUUGUUUAUCUUUAUUACCUUUUCAUUAUAAAUAUUUUACUAGAUUAUACCCAACAGACUCACCUAAAUAUUUUCAUUACGUUGUUCAGUUAUUUAAUUCUCAUGUUCAGUCAGUUGCUGCGUACAGUGGUCAUAUAAAAUUUAAAAAAAGCCUAGAAAAUGAUAUUAAAUCAAAUGAUUUUUAUGAUCGUGACGAAUCUAAUAGUGAUUAUUCUUCAUCAAAUUCUGAUAAUUCUAACAGUACUAUCAUCAAUAAUGAAUAUAUACCAAAUAACUAUACAACUGUACAAGAUCUAAUAGAUAAAAUCAAAUUGGAAAUGAGUCCUUAUUUGAAAAAAAGAGGAAUAGAUAUAAAACAAAAAUUCCGUUUAUUAUUUACAUUUGGUCCAAAAAUAAAAUACUUAAAUAAUGAUGAACAAUUAAUAGAAAUGGAUUUUGUAAAAACAAAUCAUAUCAAAAAUAUUUACGUUACCCCAUUAAGAAUGGAACCUGAUUUUACUGAUGAACAAAAACGACUAAUAGAAACUGAUCAAUUGAAAAUUAUUCACGUUUUUAAUCAAACACCAUCAAAAGAAGUAUUUGGUUAUAGCUUUGAUGUUCUUGUUGAUCCGAAUGAUAAUAUGUUAGACAUUAAAAAUAAAAUAAGAAAAAGAACAUUGCUACCUAAAUAUAUUUUUGAUAAAAUUACUUUCUUUGAAUUUGAAAAUGGACAAAGAAUAUGGAGAUCAAAUGAUGAUACUAUAAAUUGGAAAAAUAAACAAUUUGCUAUAAUUAUAGGAGAACACCAUGCUCCAUCUCAUUCAAAACCUCAAAUGGGAAUGAAAAUAGCCUAA